AUGGUGGAGGUAAUCCCGACGGCCUGCAAGGACUGGUCACUGAACAAGGAUGAGGCCUCUGGGCGGUUGUUCUGGUGGAACGACAGCUACAGCAUUAGCAUUUGGGACAAUAACCUCACUUUAGGCCAGCCACAGCAGGAGUUGACAGAUCUUCUUGUGUGGCGAGCUUUUCUGGAGUUUCAGCUUUCUUCCGUGUACAAAGUGUGCUUUGUUUGCCACCAACCGGAGGGAAAUGAUGACUUGAUGCUGUGCUGCUUCUGCGGCAUUACGGUGCAUGAUGAGUGUUCUACAAAACCAACCGCCGAACAAAUAGCUUGGAAGCCGGCUAACCACGGCUUUGAGCCUUACUUGCGGGUGUGUUUUAAAUGCGAGAACACUUCUGCUCCGACCAAAAUUCGGGCUAAAGUGGAGCCAAGCAAUUCACGACGUGUGGCUAUUCGGGCCUUGUCGAUUGAAAAGGAAUAUCCCAAUCACAUUUGUCAGGAGCUUCAGCGCCUCGCGGAGAAAACAAAGCAGCCUCAUUCCAAGGCUGAGGAUGCGUUCCUUAUAGCAUCCCUGCGGCAGGUUCUCACUCCAUUCUACCAGUCAAAGGCGACAUGUCGCUUUCUAAGGCGGGAGAGACGCCCAGAGAAGGGGAACGGUAUUGGUGUUGUAGCAGCAGAGGAUAUUCCUGCCUUUACGAUUGUGGGCCUCUAUCCCGGCUACCUUGAUGUGCUGAGCGGAGAGCACGUCAAGCUGGGUCGGCCAGUCACCAAGUACGCGCUAAUGGACUAUAACUGUGCCGAUUACGAUAAUGUCGUUUUUGAGGAGUUUCAGGGGACAUUCACACCCUUCAUUAACGAGCCAUGCGAGUUUGAGGAGAGUAACUGCGGGUGGAUACAGGAGGAGAAGCAUUGCGAGGGACGCCUUAGCAUUAUGACCGCGCGGAACAUUAAAGAGGGGGAGGAACUACUCAUUGGCUAUGGACCAUCAUAUCCAAGAUCGUAUCCCUACCGGUACGAUGCCUUGACAUUUCACAAGACUGAGACAGAGUUCGACACAACCUGUUUUGCUCUCUGGCGCUGGUUGUCGACAGGCGAGAAUGACGCCAGUUUGGUAUGCUACGUGGGCUACGACAAGAGCAAGGAUGCCUACUUUAUGUGGGAAGCCGAGGCAUCAAGAUGA